AUGGAACAAAAAGCUGUAAAUUUAAAAUUUAGUGGAUUCCAUGAAGUAUCAGAACGAUCUGAGGACUUAAUCCCCUUUAUAGCCUCAUUCAUUGCUCAAGCCCUAAAACUAGAAGAAGGCAUCUAUCCAAUCAUUACUUAUGCGGCCCGACUGGGGCCAAAAAACAAUGCUAAAAGAAAUACCCCCAGAGACAUUAUAGCUACUAUACAUGAUGUAAGAGUUAGGAAAAGAAUCCUGGCAGAGGCACAGAACGCUGAUAUUUUCACCUUUAAAGGAGAACAAAUUGUCAUAUUCCCAGACGUGCCAAGGGAAGCCUUGCUGAUGAGAAGGAAACUAAAGACGACUACCAAGCAGCUGCAAGAACUAAGCCAAAAAUAUAGAUGGCUGCCAUCAGGGAAACUCUAUGUGUACCACCAGGGAAUGCAUCUCUACGCCAGUGAUGAAGAAAGCGGAAAACAACUACUACAAGUGCUACAACAAGAAACUCCGAUGGAACAGGAGAGGGAAAAGAGAUCUUUUAAAAGAAGAAGUCUAUUUCCAUUGUCCCCAUUGAAAUCAAGUGAUAUAUUUAGUAAAAUCAAAGACUCCUAUAUAGGCCCAUUCAGAUGGACCGACCAUGCAUUUGUGGAAUGCAGGCUAACGAAAACUGGCACAGAAACACAAAACAAGACAUGGAGGUUGAACAACUCAAUUUUAUUAAGUGAACUAAAUAGAACUGAAAUCAAUGACAACACACUUCAUGGACCAGUUUUCAUCCAGGAACCAAGCAAUGUUGUUUUUGCACUCAAUUCUGAAGAAAAGAAAGUCAAAUUGAACUGUGAAGUGAAGGGAAAUCCUAAACCAAUAAUAAGGUGGAAGUUAAAUGGAACCAUUGUUGACAUUGGUAUGGAUUACCGCUACAGUGUGGUUGAAGGCAGCUUGUUGAUCAAUAAUCCCAAUAAAACUCAAGAUGCUGGAACAUACCAGUGCAUAGCAACAAACUCGUUUGGAACAAUUGUUAGCAGAGAAGCUAAACUUCAAUUUGCAUAUAUUGAAAAUUUCAAAACCAGAACAAGAAGCACAGUAUCAGUCCGGCAAGGGCAAGGAAUGGUGUUGCUAUGCGGACCACCACCACAUUCUGGAGAACUGACCUAUGCCUGGAUUUUCAAUGAAUAUCCGUCUUUUGUGCACCAGGAUAACCGUCGUUUUGUUUCUCAAGAAACUGGGAAUUUGUACAUUGCAAAAGUAGAGAAAUCUGAUGUGGGAAAUUAUACGUGUGUGGUGACAAACACUGUAACCAACAACAGAGUGCAGGGACCUCCUACGCCUUUAAUUCUGAGAAAUGAUGGAGUGAUGGGUGAAUAUGAGCCAAAAAUAGAAGUGCAGUUCCCAGAAAUGGUUCCAUCUGCAAAAGGAACAACUGUGAGACUGGAGUGCUUUGCACUUGGAAACCCAGUUCCUACAAUCAGCUGGAAGAGAGCAGAUGGAAAACAAAUCCCCAGAAAAGCUCGGAGGCACAAAUCAAGCAGUAUUCUUGAAAUCCCAAACUUUCAACAGGAAGACUCUGGCCUGUAUGAGUGUGUGGCUGAAAAUGUGAGAGGCAGGAACGUGGCCAGGGGCCAGUUGACGUUUUACGCUCCUCCCAACUGGAUUCAGAAAAUAAGUGAUGCUCAUGUGACUAUAGAAGAAAACAUCUUUUGGGAAUGUAAGGCAAAUGGAAGACCAAAGCCUUCUUACAGCUGGCUGAAGGAUGGUGAACCACUCAUCCCUCAGGAAAGAAUUCAGAUAGAGCAUGGAACCCUCACCAUAACCAACGUGAACCUAUCAGACACUGGCAUGUAUCAGUGUAUGGCAGAAAACAGACAUGGGGUCAUCUACGCCAGCGCAGAACUGAGUGUAAUCGCUGUGGGUCCAGAUUUUUCCAAAAACUUCUUGAAAAGAUUAACUCUUGUAAAAGUUGGUGGUGAAGUAACCAUCGAGUGUAAGCCUAAAGCUUCUCCAAGACCCACCUUUACUUGGAAGAAAGGAAAAGAGAUCCUAAGAGAAAAUGAGAGAAUAACUCUUCUAGAAGAUGGAACUCUGAAAAUUGCCAAUGUUACCAAAGCAGAUGCUGGAAGUUACACAUGCACCGCCACAAACCAUUUUGGGGCAGCCAGCAGCACUGGAAAUCUGGUGGUGAAAGAUCCAACACAGUUUAUAGUAGCACCUAAUAGCAUGGAUGUCACUGCUGGUGAAAGUAUUCUUCUGCCUUGCCAGGUGUCUCAUGAUCACCCACUAGAUAUUAUGUUUACCUGGUCAUUUAAUGGACGCCUGAUAGACUUUGAAAAAGACGGGGAUCACUUUGAAAGAGUUGGAGGGGAUUCAGCUGGUGAUUUGAUGAUCAGAAGCAUCCAGCUGAAUCAUGCUGGAAAAUACGUCUGCAUGGUGCAAACAAGUGUGGACAAGCUAUCGGCUGCUGCAGACCUGAUUGUAAGAGGUCCACCAGGUCCACCUGAAGCUGUGACGAUUGAUGAAAUCACUGACACAACAGCUCAAGUAUCCUGGAGGCCAGGAGCAGACAACCAUAGUCCCAUCACAACAUAUGUUAUUCAAGCAAGAACCCCUUUUUCUGUGGGAUGGCAAGCAGUUAAUACAGUUCCAGAUGUCAUAGAUGGUAAUACAUUUACAGCAACAGUGGUUGGCUUAAAUCCAUGGGUGGAGUAUGAAUUCCGAGUAGUGGCUGCCAGCCUUAUUGGAAUUGGAGAACCAAGCAGACCAUCAGAAAAACGGAGAACUGAAGAGGCUC